UAUUAUUAUUAUUUUAUUGGAAUUAUUAAUUUAUUUUCUCAAUUUAUGACAAUUUAUAAAUAAUAAAUGAAAUACAUACAAUUUUCUUAGGUAAAAUAAAAAUAAAAAUUUUUACUGAAAAUAAAAAAAGUAAAUUUAAGAAUUUUACAAAAGAAAUUAAAAAAUAUAUUGGGUCAUUGAACUAUUGUAUUUAACAUGCUACAAUGUUUAUGAUUUGGGGAGAUUGGAUCGCAAAUGGAGUGCAAUCUGUAGACAUGCGAAGUUUCCUUGAUUCUGUAGUUAUAACAAAUAAAAGUAUUGUAAGGAGAAUUCGCGUGUCUCCCUAUGAAAUAUAUAAAACGCAUUGGCGUAAUGAUCCCGAAAUACAAAAACAUUAUUGGGCAGCAUCUUUUCUUUUACCCAUUGGAACAAUUUUUAUUCUUGCUUUGAUAGUUCUUUUAAUGGUUUUGUUCAAAAGAUGUCCACAAAUGAUUGCCGCGAUUGUCACAUCAAUUCUUGGUGUGAUUAUUAUAUUUACAGUACUGGUAUCAAUUAAUCAUGCUCCAAUUUACGCUUGAUAUUUUCUAACAUUUCUUCUUACAAAAUACAAAAUGUAAUAUUUUAUCUUUUCUAAUAUGUUCAAAAUUUUACAGACCAAGAUUAAUAAAAGGAUUACUGCCAUCAAUGCAAACAGUUACACAUGCAUGCACAUACUGAUUUUUAUAUUCUGUAUAUUCUUAUAAUAGAAAAACAAAAUAUAUUAUCAAACAAUUUUCACAUAA